CGUGAGUUUUUAGAAGUCACACCAAAUCGUCAACCGUUCAGACCAAACUGAUGUAAACAACAAGUGUUUGAUGGUUUUGUCGAAUAACCGAAUUAAACCAAAGUGAAAUAAAAAUCGAACCGAGAUUUUUUAUUGUAAAGAUACGACGACGCGUUUGACGAAAAAGGAGACGAAGAAGAUCCAAACACGGCGCUAAGCUCCGUCCUCCUCCUCAAAACUAUCCGACAAAAGACAGAAGCAGAAACCUAACCCUAAUUCUUUUUCUCAAAAUCCCCGAAAGGUCCGUCUCUCUCUAUCUCUCUCUUACUUAGCACCUCCAAAUUCGGAUGAUUACCCAUUUCGAAUUUGCAGAGAAGAACAAAUCCUCUCUUUCUUCUCUCUCCGUCUCUCUACCCCUUUCAUGUCUUCUCAAGUCUACGACUCUCAUCCAGGGUUGUUGGUGCAUCAAACCCUAGUUUUUGAUUUCGCUUUUGAAAUUUCUCAUGCUUCUUUCGUUUCGGAUCUCUCUCUGAAUCAGAUUACGUCUUUUGGGCUCUUGUUGUUGUUGUGCUGCUCUACAAUCUCUUCUCCGUUGCGUUCUAUGUGCCAAAUAUGAGUGAAAAGAAGCUAUUUGUGUUUGGAUCCUUUACAGAACAUGAAACUAGGUCAUUUCUUGAGCAGAAACCCACUAAGGAUCCUCAGAAUCACAAAGACAAGUGUGUGGGAAGUAUACAAUUCGGCUCCUUGAAUCUUGUUGCGGAAAAUUCUUCAGUAAAUACUAAUGGCGAGUUGAAGAAAGGUCAGGCUGAUGGGACUGUUAAAUCUGCGGGGUCUCAAGAGAGACUUGAUGCUUCUAGACCUGACAGCUCGAAUAAGAUCGAUGAUAAUGAUGCAAAACUCCCAAGAAAAUCCUCUUCAAGAGUUCCAGAGCAUGUGGUAGAAAAUGGAAUCAUAAAAGAGAUCUCUGAAAGCAAAUCUCUCAACAAUGGUGUGGCGGUGAAGACAGAUCCUAUUGGUUUGGAUAAGUUGUGUAUGUCAGAUGGUGAAAGUGAUCCUGUGUAUAAAGCUUCGAGCUCUAAAUUUCAAGCGCUGGACAAUGAAGAUUUCUCAAGUGACUCUUCAUCUGGCAGCAUUCAAAGAAAGAAAAACCAGAAGGUUCCUACUGAAUCUGUUCCACCUGUUAAAGACUUUACACCAAGAGGAUUAAUUAACGCUGGAAACUUGUGCUUCCUCAAUGCAACACUGCAAGCGUUGCUUUCCUGUUCCCCUUUUGUGCAGCUCCUCCAGAGAAUUCAACUCCAAGAUAUUCCAAAGGCUGACUCUCCAACCUUAGCUGCAUUUUCCGAGUUCAUCUCCGAAUUGGAUGUGCCAAGCAGUUCCAGCAUCAGAAAUAACGUUACUGUUGUUGAGGCUGGUAGACCUUUUAGACCUGCCAUGUUCGAAGGAGUGCUUAGAAAUUUUACCCCAGAUGUACUCAACAACAUGUCUGGUAGGCCAAGGCAGGAAGAUGCUCAGGAGUUUUUAAGUUUUAUAAUGGACCAAAUGCAUGAUGAGUUGUUGAAACUCAAGGAACAGUCCCCCAAAGUUACUGCUUCUAAGUCAUCGGUUAUUUCUUCUGCCAACGAUGAUGAUGAUGAAUGGGAAACAGUUGGACCCAAAAACAAAUCAGCUGUGACAAGAACACAAAGCUUUGUCCCGUCUGAGCUUAGUGAGAUAUUUGGCGGGCAGCUCAAAAGCGUAGUGAAGGCAAAAGGGACUAAAGCUUCGGCUACUGUACAGCCAUAUCUCUUGCUACACCUUGAUAUUCAUCCGGACGGCGUGAAAGGAAUAGAAGACGCAUUGCAUUUGUUUUCUGCCCAAGAAGAUCUUGAAGGAUAUAGAGCCUCGGUUACUGGGAAGACUGGUGUAGUGAGUGCUAGUAAGUCGAUAAAGAUACAGAAACUCUCAAAGAUAAUGAUACUGCACCUAAUGCGUUUUAGCUACGGAAGCCAAGGGAGUACUAAGCUGCAUAAAGGCGUUAAAUUUCCCCUUGAACUCAACUUAAACCGCAACCAUCUUGUUUCUCUAUCCAAUGAGAGUUUGAGAUAUGAACUUGUGGCAACAAUUACCCACCAUGGAUGGGAUCCCUCAAAAGGGCACUACACCACAGACGCUAGACGAAAGAAUGGUCAAUGGCUAAGGUUUGAUGAUCCCUCUGUGACUGCCAUAGGGACAAAACAGGUGUUGCACGACCAAGCUUAUGUCCUCUUCUACAAGCAAGUGUAAGUGAUUCAAAGGCAGCAGAUUUCCAUGGUCGGAGAAAGGAGAGUAAAAUUUAUCUCGGCUUGUGUCCGGUCUUCUGAGUUUAAGUCACGAUGCUAUACUCUGGUUCUCAUAUUAUAACUUUGAAGGAGGGAAUCUCAAUAGGUAAAUAGUUUUAGAGUACCUGGUUUACACUGGAAGUUUUGUUAUGAUUCCUUGAGAUGGGUGUUUUAAUCUGAUUUUACUACUUGACAGACUUAUUAUUCGAAAAUUCAUGCUUAUGCUACAUGUCUUCUUGUCA